AUGCUGUACACCAUUGGAAUAUUUUCAACAUUAAUAAUUCAAAAUUAUUUUCAGGCCAUGGACAAAAAAGAACUCGAGGAAAAGGUUAAAAAACUUGGAGCCGAAUGCGCCAAGGAAGUGGGAAUUAGUGACGAUGAAAUGAAACUUUUCAUAGCCAAUCAAUCGAAGGCAAUCGAUGAAAGGAAAUUUACGGAUAAAAUGAAAUGUUACAUGCUGUGCUGGUACAAGAAAAUCGGAAUUUUCGAUGCUGAUGGUAAACCAAAAAUUGCCGAAAUUAUCAAGUUUUUCGAAGAGCGUUAUCACAGCAAAAAGGAUAAGGUGAAGCCGGCUUUGAAUAAAUGCGCCUCGAUAAAGGAGGAUAAUAUGUGUGAGCAUGUCUUCAAAUUUGAGAGGUGUGUUGCCAAAGCUAUUGAGGGAUAA